GCGGGGGGAGCUCGGCGCAGCCUCCAUCCUAACGGGACCGGGCAGCGCAGCACCGCACCGCCGGCAUGGGGCUGCCGAACCGCCGCUAGCCCGCCCCGCCGCCACCGGAGACAGGGGCAGCAAGCCGGAGAUGACCGACAAGAUGUCGAGCUUCCUUCAUAUUGGAGAUAUUUGUUCUCUCUAUGCAGAGGGCUCAACAAAUGGAUUUAUUAGCACUUUGGGCCUAGUGGAUGAUCGGUGUGUUGUGCAGCCAGAAGCAGGUGAUCUUAACAACCCACCCAAAAAGUUCAGAGAUUGCCUGUUCAAGCUCUGCCCCAUGAACCGGUACUCUGCCCAGAAGCAGUUCUGGAAAGCAGCAAAGCCAGGAGCCAACAGCACAACAGAUGCAGUGCUGCUCAAUAAACUGCAUCAUGCAGCAGAUUUGGAAAAGAAACAGAAUGAAACUGAAAACAGAAAGCUGCUGGGAACAGUCAUCCAGUAUGGCAAUGUCAUCCAGCUGCUUCACUUAAAAAGUAACAAAUACUUAACAGUAAAUAAGAGGCUUCCAGCUCUACUGGAGAAGAAUGCUAUGAGGGUGACCUUGGAUGAAGCUGGAAAUGAAGGUUCCUGGUUCUACAUUCAGCCCUUCUACAAACUUCGUUCCAUAGGAGACAGCGUUGUCAUUGGAGACAAAGUGGUCCUGAACCCUGUCAACGCUGGGCAGCCUCUCCAUGCCAGCAGCCACCAGCUUGUAGAUAAUCCAGGGUGCAAUGAGGUCAACUCUGUGAAUUGCAAUACAAGCUGGAAAAUUGUCCUCUUCAUGAAAUGGAGUGAUAACAAGGAUGAUAUUCUCAAAGGGGGGGAUGUGGUGAGGCUGUUCCAUGCAGAACAGGAGAAGUUUCUGACCUGUGAUGAGCACAGGAAGAAGCAGCACGUCUUCCUGAGAACAACGGGAAGACAGUCAGCCACGUCUGCCACCAGCUCAAAAGCCCUGUGGGAAGUAGAGGUGGUGCAGCAUGAUCCUUGUCGUGGUGGGGCAGGGUACUGGAACAGCCUUUUCAGGUUCAAACACCUUGCCACUGGACACUACCUGGCAGCAGAGGUAAACCCUGACUAUGAGGAAGAUGACCUGGAGUGUCAAUCCUCACUGGACCCUGAGCAGGAUGCCUCCAGAAGGGGCCUGCACAGUGCUCAGGAGAAGAUGGCAUAUUCUCUGGUGUCUGUGCCUGAAGGAAAUGAUAUCUCCUCCAUCUUUGAGUUGGACCCCACCACUUUGAGAGGAGGAGACAGCCUUGUCCCCAGGAACUCUUAUGUCAGACUCAGACACCUUUGCACUAACACCUGGGUUCAUAGUACAAAUAUCCCAAUUGACAAAGAAGAGGAGAAGCCUGUGAUGCUCAAAAUUGGUACUUCUCCAAUUAAAGAGGACAAAGAAGCUUUUGCUAUAGUACCAGUUUCCCCUGCAGAGGUUCGGGACUUGGAUUUUGCAAAUGAUGCAAGUAAGGUUUUAGGUUCCAUUGCUGGCAAGCUGGAAAAGGGAACAAUAACCCAGAAUGAAAGGAGAUCUGUUACCAAAUUGUUGGAGGAUUUGGUCUACUUUGUUACUGGUGGAACUAAUUCUGGACAAGACGUUCUUGAAGUGGUAUUUUCUAAACCUAAUAGAGAGAGGCAAAAACUGAUGAGAGAACAGAAUAUUCUAAAGCAGAUUUUCAAGCUGCUGCAGGCACCCUUUACAGACAGUGGGGAUGGCCCCAUGCUGCGGCUGGAGGAGCUGGGAGACCAGCGUCACGCUCCCUUCAGACACAUCUGCAGGCUCUGCUACAGGGUGCUGAGGCACUCCCAGCAGGACUACAGGAAAAAUCAGGAAUACAUUGCAAAGCAGUUUGGGUUCAUGCAGAAGCAGAUUGGAUAUGAUGUCUUGGCUGAGGACACCAUUACAGCGCUGCUUCACAACAACCGCAAGCUCCUGGAGAAGCACAUCACAGCUGCAGAGAUUGACACUUUUGUUAGUCUUGUGAGGAAAAAUAGGGAGCCCAGGUUUUUGGAUUACCUCUCAGAUCUCUGCGUUUCCAUGAACAAAUCUAUCCCAGUGACACAGGAGCUGAUUUGUAAAGCGGUGCUGAACCCAGCCAAUGCAGACAUUCUCAUUGAAACUAAGCUGGUCCUCUCUCGGUUCGAGUUUGAGGAAGUGUCAAGUGGAGAAAAUGCCUUGGAAGUUGGAGAAGAUGAGGAAGAAGUGUGGCUGUUCUGGAGAGACAGUAACAAGGAGAUCCGCAGUAAGAGUAUCCGAGAGCUGGCUCAGGAUGCCAAGGAAGGGCAGAAGGAGGAUCGGGAUGUGCUCAGCUACUACAGAUACCAGCUAAACCUCUUUGCUAGAAUGUGCCUUGAUCGACAGUACUUGGCCAUCAAUGAAAUAUCUGGGCAGCUGGAUGUGGACCUCAUCCUGCGGUGCAUGUCUGAUGAGAACUUGCCCUAUGACCUGAGGGCAUCUUUCUGCAGGCUGAUGCUUCACAUGCACGUUGAUCGUGACCCCCAGGAACAAGUCACCCCAGUGAAGUAUGCUCGUCUCUGGUCUGAAAUACCUUCUGAGAUUGCUAUUGAUGACUAUGAUAGCAGUGGAACUUCCAAAGAUGAAAUUAAGGAGAGAUUUGCACAAACAAUGGAAUUUGUAGAGGAAUAUUUAAGAGAUGUGGUGUGUCAGAGGUUCCCUUUCUCUGAUAAGGAGAAAAAUAAGCUCACUUUUGAGGUUGUCAACUUAGCCAGAAAUCUGAUAUAUUUUGGUUUCUACAACUUCUGUGACCUCCUCAGACUAACCAAAAUCCUCCUUGCUAUAUUAGACUGUGUGCACAUCACUACCAUCUUCCCUAUUACCAAGAUGGCAAAAGGCGAGGAAAGUAAAGGGAGCAAUGUGAUGAGAUCAAUCCAUGGAGUUGGGGAGCUGAUGACCCAGGUGGUGCUCAGAGGUGGUGGGUUCCUGCCCAUGACUCCACUUGCUGCUGCUCCUGAGGGCAAUGUCAAGCAGAGUGAACCAGAGAAAGAGGACAUCCUGGUCAUGGACACAAAGCUGAAGAUCAUCGAGAUACUCCAGUUUAUUUUGAAUGUGAGACUGGACUACAGAAUCUCCUGCCUGCUUUGUAUAUUUAAACAUGAAUUUGAUGAGAGCAAUGCCCAGAUGUCUGAAUCACCCACUGGAAGCAGUAGCCAAGAAAUGUCAGCAAAUGUACCAGGAGCCCUUGACUUUGAACAUAUUGAAGAACAAGCUGAGGGGAUCUUUGGUGGAAGUGAGGAGAAUACCCCUCUGGAUUUGGAUGAUCAUGGUGGCAGGACAUUCCUCAGGGUUUUGUUGCAUUUAACGAUGCAUGAUUAUCCUCCUCUGGUGUCUGGGGCACUGCAGCUGCUGUUCAGGCACUUCAGCCAGAGACAAGAAGUCCUUCAGGCUUUCAAGCAGGUUCAACUGCUUGUCACCAGCCAAGAUGUUGACAACUACAAGCAGAUAAAGCAAGAUUUGGACCAGCUGAGGUCAAUUGUGGAAAAAUCAGAACUUUGGGUGUACAAAGGCCAAGGUCCUGAUGAGACUCUGGAUGGAGUGCAAGGUGAAAAUGAACACAAGAAAAAAGAGGAAGGUCACAGCAAGUCCCAAAAGCCUGAAAGUACUAGCAGCUACAACUACCGUGUAGUAAAAGAGAUCCUGCUGCGGCUCAGCAAGCUGUGUGUGCAGGAGGGGAUUUCGGUCCGGAAGAGCCGUAAGCAGCAGCAGCGCCUUCUGCGGAACAUGGGAGCUCACGCGGUUGUGCUGGAGCUGCUGCAGAUCCCUUAUGAAAAGGCUGAAGACACCAGGAUGCAGGAGAUAAUGAAGCUUGCACACGAGUUUUUACAGAACUUUUGUGCUGGGAACCAACAGAACCAGGCAUUGCUGCACAAGCACAUAAACCUGUUCCUUAACCCAGGGAUUCUGGAAGCAGUAACAAUGCAGCACAUUUUCAUGAACAACUUCCAGCUUUGCAGUGAGAUUAAUGAGCGGGUUGUUCAACACUUUGUCCACUGUAUUGAAACACAUGGCAGGAAUGUUCAGUACAUCAAGUUCCUGCAGACGAUCGUCAAGGCGGAAGGAAAAUUCAUCAAGAAGUGCCAGGAUAUGGUAAUGGCUGAGCUGGUGAACUCAGGAGAAGAUGUCCUGGUGUUUUACAACGACAGAGCCUCCUUCCAGACUUUGGUGCAAAUGAUGAGAUCAGAGAGGGAUCGGAUGGAUGAAAACAGCCCCCUGAUGUACCACAUCCACUUAGUAGAACUGCUUGCUGUCUGCACAGAGGGCAAAAACGUCUACACAGAAAUAAAAUGCAACUCCCUCCUUCCCCUGGAUGACAUUGUUAGGGUAGUAACCCAUGAGGAUUGCAUACCUGAGGUCAAAAUUGCAUACAUCAACUUCUUGAAUCAUUGCUAUGUGGACACAGAAGUAGAAAUGAAAGAGAUUUACACAAGUAAUCAUAUGUGGAAGCUGUUUGAGAACUUCUUGGUUGACAUCUGUCGGGCUUGUAACAACACCAGUGACAGGAAGCAUGCUGACUCCAUCCUGGAGAAGUAUGUUACAGAAAUAGUGAUGAGCAUUGUCACCACUUUCUUCAGCUCCCCCUUCUCUGAUCAGAGCACUACUUUGCAGACUCGUCAGCCCGUGUUUGUGCAGCUGCUGCAGGGGGUGUUCAGGGUGUACCACUGCAACUGGCUGAUGCCCAGCCAAAAGGCAUCUGUGGAAAGCUGCAUUCGGGUCCUCUCAGAUGUAGCAAAGAGCCGUGCGAUUGCAAUUCCUGUCGACUUGGACAGUCAGGUCAACAAUCUCUUCCUGAAAUCUCACAACAUUGUCCAGAAGACUGCAAUGAACUGGAGAAUGACAGCAAGGAAUGCUGCCCGCAGGGACUCGGUGCUCGCUGCCUCCAGGGACUACAGGAACAUCAUUGAGAGACUGCAGGACAUCGUGUCAGCCCUCGAGGAUCGCCUCCGCCCUCUGGUCCAGGCAGAGCUGUCUGUGCUGGUGGAUGUGCUGCACAGGCCUGAGCUGCUCUUCCCAGAGAACACAGAUGCCAGGAGGAAAUGUGAAAGUGGAGGUUUCAUUUGCAAGUUAAUAAAGCAUACUAAGCAGCUGCUAGAGGAGAACGAGGAGAAACUAUGUAUUAAAGUAUUGCAGACCCUCAGGGAAAUGAUGACCAAAGACAGAGGCUAUGGAGAAAAGAUUACCAUUGAAUUGGAUAAUGCUGAGCUGCCGCAGCCUCCAGAACCGGAAAGCUCUGUAGAGGAGCUUGAUCAAACUCUACCACAGAGGCAACUGGAGGAUCAUAGAAGGGGGGAGGCACUCAGGCAAGUCUUGGUCAACCGUUACUAUGGCAACGUGAGAGCUGCGGGACGGCGGGAGAGCCUCACCACCUUUGGGAAUGGCCCCUUGUCUGCUGGAGGAGCCAGCAAAGCUGGGCCAGGAGGAGGAAGCUCUGGGUCGAGUUCAAUGAGCCGAGGUGAGAUGAGUUUGGCAGAUGUCCAGUGUCACCUGGAUAAAGAAGGUGCAUCCAACCUGGUCAUAGAUCUCAUCAUGAAUGCCACCAGUGACCGAGUCUUCCACGAGAGCAUCCUGCUUGCCAUUGCCCUCCUGGAAGGUGGGAACACCACGAUACAGCAUUCGUUCUUCUGCCGCCUGACAGAAGAUAAGAAAUCUGAAAAGUUCUUCAAGGUUUUUUAUGAUCGCAUGAAAGUGGCACAGCAAGAAAUCAAGGCGACUGUCACAGUCAACACCAGUGACUUAGGAAAUAAAAAGAAAGAUGAAGACUCAGACAGAGAUGUACCCAACAGAAAGAGAGUGAGAGAGCCCAUGACCCAAAUUACCGAGGAGGUCCGGGAUCAGCUGCUGGAGGCUUCUGCAGCUACAAGGAAGGCCUACAACACCUACCGUAGGGAGGCUGAUCCCGAGGAGCAUUAUUCAGCAGGAGAAGGAGCACAGUCAGCAGCAGACAAGAGCAAAGAUGAGCUGGAGAUGAGUGCUGUCAUCUCCAUCAUGCAGCCCAUCCUCCGCUUCUUGCAGCUGCUCUGCGAAAACCACAAUCGGGAUUUGCAGAAUUUCCUUCGGUGCCAGAACAACAAGACAAACUACAACUUGGUGUGUGAGACCCUGCAGUUUCUGGACUGCAUCUGUGGAAGCACAACUGGUGGACUUGGACUCCUUGGUCUGUACAUAAAUGAGAAAAACGUAGCACUGAUCAACCAGACACUGGAAAGUUUGACUGAGUACUGUCAGGGGCCUUGCCAUGAGAACCAGAACUGCAUUGCUACUCACGAGUCCAAUGGCAUUGACAUCAUCACUGCAUUAAUUCUCAAUGACAUCAACCCUUUGGGCAAAAAGAGAAUGGACCUCGUGCUGGAACUGAAGAACAACGCUUCCAAACUGCUCCUGGCAAUCAUGGAGAGCCGGCACGACAGCGAGAAUGCUGAGAGGAUCCUCUACAACAUGAGGCCCAAAGAGCUGGUGGAGGUGAUAAAGAAGGCUUAUCUGCAGGGAGAAGUAGAGUUUGAGGAUGGAGAGAACGGGGAAGAUCCUGCGGCAUCUCCGAGGAACGUGGGACACAACAUUUACAUAUUAGCUCAUCAGUUGGCUCGUCACAACAAAGAGCUGCAGAACAUGCUGAAGCCGGGAGGUCAGAUAGAGGGAGAUGAGGCUCUGGAGUUUUACGCCAAGCACACGGCACAGAUUGAGAUUGUCAGGUCGGACCGCACCAUGGAGCAAAUCGUCUUCCCCGUGCCCAGUAUCUGUGAAUUCCUCACCAAGGAGUCCAAGCUGAGGAUAUAUUACACCACGGAGAGGGAUGAGCAAGGCAGCAAGAUCAAUGACUUCUUCCUGAAGUCAGAAGACCUCUUUAAUGAGAUGAACUGGCAGAAGAAAUUGCGAGCUCAACCUUUCCUAUACUGGUGUGCUCGCAACAUGUCCUUCUGGAGCAGUAUUUCCUUUAACCUGGCUGUCCUCAUGAACCUGCUGGUGGCUUUUUUCUAUCCAUUCAAAGGAAUUCGAGGAGGCACCCUGGAGCCCCACUUGUCUGGCUUGCUGUGGACAGCCAUGCUGAUCUCCUUGGCCAUUGUUAUUGCCCUUCCCAAGCCCCAUGGCAUCCGAGCCUUAAUCGCCUCCACGAUAUUACGCCUGAUAUUUUCAGUUGGUUUACAGCCUACUUUAUUUCUUCUGGGUGCAUUCAAUGUUUGUAAUAAAAUCAUUUUUCUGAUGAGUUUUGUGGGUAACUGUGGAACCUUCACGAGAGGAUACAAAGCGAUGAUCAUGGAUGUAGAGUUCCUUUAUCACCUGCUGUACCUUCUGAUUUGUGCUCUGGGACUCUUUGUACAUGAAUUCUUUUACAGCCUGUUGCUCUUUGACUUGGUGUACAGAGAGGAGACCCUGCUGAACGUCAUCAAGAGCGUCACUCGGAACGGGAGGUCCAUCAUCCUGACUGCUGUGCUGGCUCUCAUCCUGGUCUACCUGUUCUCCAUCGUGGGCUACCUCUUCUUCAAAGAUGACUUUAUCCUGGAAGUGGACAAGCUCCCUAAUGAGACGUUGUUGCCAGAUCGCACAGAACCAGGUGAGACCAUGACUGGAGAGUUCCUUUAUUCAGAUGUAUGCAAAGCAGGCAGCAGUGAAAACUGCUCUUCAAUCAUUCCCUCAGACCAAGUGAUUGCUGAAGAAAUGGAGGAAGAGAAUAAGGAGCAUACGUGCGAGACGCUGCUGAUGUGCAUUGUUACUGUACUGAGUCACGGGCUGAGGAGUGGGGGUGGAGUAGGUGAUGUGCUCAGGAAACCAUCCAAAGAGGAGCCUCUCUUCGCUGCUCGUGUGAUAUAUGAUCUGCUCUUCUUCUUCAUGGUCAUCAUCAUUGUCCUUAACCUGAUUUUUGGUGUGAUCAUUGACACUUUUGCUGAUUUAAGGAGCGAAAAGCAGAAGAAAGAAGAAAUUUUAAAAACAACUUGCUUUAUUUGUGGUCUGGAAAGAGAUAAGUUUGACAACAAGACAGUCACCUUUGAAGAGCACAUUAAAGAAGAGCACAAUAUGUGGCAUUAUUUGUGCUUUAUUGUGUUAGUGAAAGUGAAAGAUUCCACUGAGUAUACAGGACCAGAGAGUUACGUGGCAGAAAUGAUCAAGGAGAGAAACCUGGACUGGUUCCCCCGGAUGAGGGCCAUGUCUCUGGUGAGCAGCGACUCUGAAGGGGAGCAGAAUGAGCUGAGGAACCUGCAGGAGAAGCUGGAGUCCACCAUGAAGCUUGUGAGCAACCUCUCUGGCCAGCUGUCAGAGCUUAAAGACCAGAUGACGGAGCAGAGGAAGCAGAAACAGCGCAUCGGCCUCCUCGGACACCCCCCGCCCAUCAAUGUGAACCCGCAGCAACCCGCCUGAAUCCCAAGGGAUCCUCACCCCCCUCUCCUGACAGCAGGAAUGAUGCUAAAGCCAGGGUCCAGAUCCCACCUCUGAGGCUGCUGCUUCCCUGUACGUCCGGUUCAUUUUGUAAAUAACCUGUUUUUAUACUGUCUGUAUAUGACUGCUACUAUAUGAAGUUCUGGGCAUACGUAUUGUAAUUAGAACUGCUGGCACGGGAAGGAGGUUAAACUUUGUGCCAAAACUAUCAAAAAAAAAAAAUUGCCUUUUUUCUUGGAAGGACUAAAGAGAGCACCUGAAUUGCACUUGAAGAGAAUAUUUGACUACGUGACAUGUAUUUUGUAUUAAAAAAAAAUAAAAAUAAAUAGAAUAGCUAGUAUUUAUGUUUUUAUACAAUUGUGCAAUAUGAAUUAUGCAAUCACAAUACAUUUGUAACUCCUGAAUGUCCUGAAGGGAGUGCACAUCUUUGAAUCUGGUGUGUUAGUACAAUGUAAUAAAUGGUAUAAAAUUACAGGUGUAAAUGAGGCUGCUGCAAAAUUGUGUUCCUGGUGAUUUUUCAUACCCUUGGACAUUUUUGUACCAUGUGUGUAAAUAACUUGCAAUGCCGUAUCUGUUGCCUCUUCCUCCCAGAGAUAACACUGGGAAUCCAUGAGCUGUUCAAUUGGUAUCAGCUAAAGCAAAAUAUUACUUUGAAGCUUCCAAAUGGGGAAAGCAGGAGGUAUUUUUCAAGUGAAUUCCUCAAAGUGCUGAGGCUAGAAGAGCUCAGAUACCAGGUUUUUUAAAUGCUAAGAUUUCUUAAAGGGAACUUUUUAUGCAAAAUGAAGUUUGGGAUGAGGAUGCACUACUGGUGAGUCGGUGCAGUCUCCUAUGGGCAUUUUGUGCACUUAAAAUGUAUCCUGAGGCUGUCCAGGCUUUGCAUUCUCAGUGUGUAGAUCCUUUCCUUUUGAUUUUUUUCUUAGAGACCUCUGUGCCUGCUGAAGCUUUAGCAAACAGGCGUUGCACCGACUGAAAGAAGACUUUUACCCCAUUAGGACUGUAGCUGAGCACUGACAUAUGUAAUGCUUGUGAGAGAGCUGAGGUUGGGCUGUCCCAACCCUUCCACUCCCUCUCCCCCUCCAUUCGGUCACUUCCUUUGGUUUCUGAUUCUAGAGUAUGAAAGGAAACUUUUUUUUUUCCCUCCCUUCUCCAAUCUGUUCCAUAGUUUUAUACAUGGACCUCAUUUUACAAAAGCUACCUUCUCUGCAAUACUGUCUACAAAAAAAAAAAAAAAAAAAAUUAAAAAAAAAAAAAGGCUACAACCAGAGCUAUGAAAAUUUGUAAAUGCAUAAAUAUAGGUAUUUAAAUAAAUGAUGCAAAAUACUCUA